AUUUGAAAGCACAAUAAACAUAUCUGCAAUGUUUCAACGACUUGUGCGAUCUCUGACUGCCCGUGCCUUCGAUGUUUACUUUUAUGUAAUGUUAAAAAUGUCCUGUUCAAGUAGCCCAAAAGGGCGGAGCAAGAAUGAAGGGGGGUUGGAAAAACACAUUCGGGCUGUGUUUUUCAAAACCUUGUGUGUCGCUUACCUAGGUGGCAUUUUUGGGCAUUUCAUUAAAACAGCAGGGACACGUCGCAACUAUCAGAAACGGCCAUCUAGCACGUGUUUACAAAGUAAAACAGUUGAAAACCAUCGUGGGAAGUGGGAAUGACAUCUUAGACAGCCAAAAAUGAUGCCUAUUUAGGCUGCUCGCUACGUUUUGAGACGCUGCUUCGUUCUCAUGAAUCCCUAUUGGUCAAACGAAUGUUCCUACUGCCACAAUACUGCACACACGUGAUCAUGCUUUUCUGUACACAUGCACACACACACACACAGUAAAAAAGCAGGCAGUUAAAAGACAACGCCAUGGCGUUUUGACCAACACUUUCAGCCCACAUCCGUACAAACACCAUGAACCCUCUCCGUUGACAAACACACAUUCAUGCACCCGUGAUGGCGAGCGCGCUGCAGAUGAAGCACUCCAGUCUGGAACACACACGGAAGCGCGUGAUAGACCCACGGCGGAGGCAAGCUGCACUCUCAUUCCUCAGCAACAUCUCUCUGGACGGACGACCCGUGCAGGAUGACGGGGACAAUCAGAUCGAGGAGGAGGACAGUUUGUUUGUGGAGACAAGGACUAAACAGAUCCUGGUUUCUGCAGUGGGCCAGCAGCAGCAGCAGGCACUGGCCGCAGCAGCGAACCAGGCUCUCAGCAGUGCCCGAGCUGCUGCCUUCAUGGCGGGGAUGACGGGUCCAAGCGCGGCGGCCGCUGCUGCUUUUCCUCCUCCAGCGUACAGUGCGGAUGCUGAGGGGGAUGCUUGCAGCGCUCAGGUGCUUCAGUCUGUGUUGUGCCCCUCUUUUUCUGCGGUGCCACCGGCGACGAGGGGGAGACUGCAAACGUACACUCAGGGAAUCCUGCCUGUAUCCUACAGGCAGUCCAGCCAGAACUACUCAGAGGGGGGACAGAUAGCCAACUCUGCCCUGGAGCUGCAGAGAUCCAGACGGAGGCUGAUAUCUCAGCGGUCUUCACUGGAGACACUUGAGGAUAUUGAGGAAAAUGCCCCUCUUCGCAGAUGUCGAACUUUAUCCGGAUCACCACGACCAAAGAGUUUCAAGAAGGUCCACUUCAUCAAAAACAUAAGGCAGCAUGAUAUGCGCAAUGGAAGGAUAGUCCUUAUCAGUGGCAGAAGAUCCUUCUAUAGUGUAUUUUCUGUCCUGCCCUAUCGAGAUUGUAGCCAAACAGGGGAUGUGAAGGCAGAGAGCGGACGCCAGCGACACCCCUCCGGUGGCAUGAGUGUCAAGGAGAUGGUGCUCGGUCUUGAAGGUGUUGAAUUGGGUGCAGAUGGCAAGACUGUUUCAUACACACAGUUCCUGUAUCCAACCAAUGUCCUUGGUCGUCGAAACACCAUCGACUCCACGUCAUCUUUCUCUCAGUCUCGUAAUGCCAGUCACCGCAGCCUCAGUCUGGCACGUGCCAACAGUAACCAGAGUAGCCUUGAUGCAGGGAAUGAACUAGGAGAUUUUAGGGAGUAUGACCCAAAUCUUCUGGAUGACCCACAGUGGCCAUGUGGAAAGCACAAAAGAGUGCUCAUAUUUCCCUCGUACAUGACCACAGUCAUUGAGUAUGUCAAGCCCUCUGAUCUCAAGAAGGACAUGAAUGAGACCUUUAAGGAGAAGUUCCCUCACAUUCGUCUUACACUGAGCAAGAUAAGAAGCCUGAAGAGAGAGCUCCGUAAACUAGCUCUGGAGGAGUGUGGCUAUGAGGAGUCCACAGUGGCCAUGGCUUUUGUUUACUUUGAGAAGCUGGUGCUGCUGGGUAAACUCAAUAAACAGAACCGUAAACUCUGCACCAGUGCCUGCGUGCUCCUCGCAGCCAAGAUCGGAGGAGACCUUAAGAAGCAUGAAGUCAAGCUCCUGAUUGACAAACUGGAAGAGAGGUUUAGGGUGAACCGGCGAGAGCUAAUCGCCUUUGAGUUCCCCGUUCUGGUGGCCCUCGAGUUCAACCUGCACCUCCCAGAGCACGAGGUCAUGCCCCAUUACAGACGCCUCCUGCAAAACUCCUAGCAACAGAUCCCCAUCAGGGGAGUGCUCCUUCUCUCCUGAUCUUCUCAACCCAAGAUCUACUUGACCAGAAAGCUCCUAUGCACAUCACCAAUGUCCUCGAUCAUCUCAAGAUGUUGGCAUGAAGACACUAUUUCACUGUUCUCAAAGAUUUCUUCAGCCAAAGUGACAACUCUAUACUGAACUCUUGUUGUUUUUAAUAACCUUUCUAAAGGGAGUAUCUUGUUUCCUGGUGCUUUGAGUUCUCAGUUCUUUGGGUGAGUUUUAAGUGUUUGUUUCUCCAGUUUAAUUUUGCCUACUUGCUGGGUUAUGGUAAGUAUUACGGCCCAAGAGUUAAGGAAGGGAGAUACUGUUUAGUGUGUUUCCAAAUAAGUUCUAAACAGGUUUGGGCUGCUUGAUUUUGCAUUCUUUCCACAGAUUACAGUAUUCCUUUAUUUCUUCUUUCAGAGCAUGUUUCAUCUUCCUUAAUCCCAAAGUUUGACACUCUGCCAAAUCUCACUAGUUUCUCUGCACUUGCGCUUUCUCAGUUGAGAGCCUUAAAACUGGAGGCUUGAGAGUCCAAUAAUUAGAAACUCUCAGAAGUAUGUGACUGUUCCUCGCUGAACUUCUCAUUCUACAAGUGCACUUUUUGAGUGUUUGGUAUGGCAGACCUGUGGGGCAUCUGCAGAAUCUCGUGGUAGAUUGUUCUUCAUCUCAUUUCCUCAUAUAAAUGAAUUUUAGCCAGCAUUCCUGCUUUUAGUCCUGUCGAAAAGACCAGCAUGCAUUUGACAAUGCACAUUAAAUGCUGGUUAAACAGCAUGAUCAUUCUCGUGAAGCUGGUUGACCAAGGAAGUCCUGUUGGUCUGUUCAGCAGGAAGUUUAGCCACCACACAAAAUAAUGCUGUAGAUUAUAAUAGCAGUAUCUCUGGUGGGAGUUUUAUAAAGUUCUUAAGGGGUAAAUUUAUGUACUCCUGAUGUUUUUCUACCAUUGUGUAGUGGUGUGGCUUGCUGCACUCUUGGUUACUGUGUCCAUGCUCUAUGUUAGAGUGGAUUUUGAGCACAUUCGUAGUGCUACACUGUUUUAAGCGACAUCAGGUCAUACUGCUGAGAGUCAACGCUAACCAUUUUGCCUACCUGGGCCCAGCCGAGUGGUGGGAAAUGCCAUCUGUGUGACUCGUAUUAUACAGUGUUGACCAAUGCUUGCACACCAUAGCAGUGUUAAGAAAAAACUUGCGUUUGAAUUGUAAAUGCUACUUUUUUAAAAUUAGUGAUUUGAUGAUCAUUUUAAAUCAGCUUCUUCUGAACUAGAUAUUUGUUUUUCUAUCGCCAUUGAUGGUACAGAAUUUAGCGUAAGCAGAAUGUUAUCUCAUAGCGCCCUGUGUUGUCUGUGUUACUACGUUAAUAAGGGGCCUUCACAUUGAACACGUUUUUAAUUGUUGUUCUAUGUAAACAUGAAUUAGACGGACUUCUUCGACAGUUGCGCCACACCUCACUGUUUUUUUCAACGUGUUUUUAAGACAGCAUAUCAAUAUAAAAUAACUUUUAAAAAAGUGUUUUGAGACACCUGCAUUCUCUUCCGGAUGUUGCACUGCAUAACAUUUUUUUAAAUGCAAGAGCGUGUCAGUCUGAAUGGUCCCUAACUCUGUUUUUAAAUCAAGUACAGUAUGUGUAAGGUGUAUUAUAUUCACUAUGCACUACUAAGUUAUGAACAACAGUUAGAGCAAAAAAUCUGUUCAGAACUAUCCAAUCGUGGCAGAAGGAAUCAAACAUUCUUUCAGAACAGUAAUGGCAAACUUGCCCAUUUAACCUUAAUUGUAAGAUUAUUAAUGCUUAGAAUGUGAAAAGAUUAUUGCAAACAAUAUUUGAUCUUGAGAAAAUGCACUUUAGGAUUUGUUAGCGAGUAUCUUGGAUGCCAAAACCGAUGAACAUUUGUACAAGGCAUUUGUGUAAAUAUGCUGCUUUGCUUCUUCAGUAAAAAAAAUAAAUAAAUAAAUGUAAUUUCCGAGAGACUUUAUUGAUUUCAAAUAUUUGUAUUUUUUAUGUGUAUGUGUGUUUUUUCAAUAUUGUAAAGAUAUUGUAAAAUACUUUCUCCUUUCCAAGUUUAAUAUGCAGAGACAAUUAUAAGUACUGUAAUGGCAUAUGAUUAUUACUUUGUAAUGUUUCAAUUUUGUGGCUCUAUCAAAAUAGUGCUCUGUUUGUGUAAGAAUCCAGACCAGAUAGACACUGCAACACUGGCUCAACCAAUGGCAUGAGUUGGGGGAGGGACAGUUUGUUUGUCUGACGAAUGGCAGUUGUGAGCAUUUCGAGGAAACCUUGUUUAAAACAGUUAUUAUUUUUGCAAUUCCUUAUUAUACUCUUCACCUUUAAAGACUAAA